CCUGCUUUACGGCAGUUUAAACAAACCAAAAUGUCAAGUUUGGUAGGUUGAUAAAUCAGCUAUCUGACAUGGUGCUUAAAAUGGAGUUUCCGUGGAUUUACGUGAGGAAGAAAAUUGGAUAAAGCCAGACAAGAUAGUCAGCGGUUAUUGGGAGUUACUUGAGGUUUUUUUUAAAAGGUUAUUUCGAAGAGACAACGUUAGCUAUAAAGCUAGCUGCAUAAGUAAUGUCCAAGUGAGUCAGCUGAGUCUUAAGACCGCAAGCUAGGUAGUAAUGUUUUUAGUGUUUCAGUGAUAAAUAUUGUAACAUUGAAGUAAAAUGCUGUAGGUUUUACAAAUACUAGUAGUUCGUGACAUGCAAAAAGUUGUCGAGGCAGCACAUAGCUUGCUAAAUGAGAAUUAUGGUUUGUUUACGUGGUUGCAUAACUAGCUAGACUUGUUGGCGUUCAGCCUUUUCUUGUUGACCAAGUAAUCAAACAAACAGCAGGUUGAUUAUUAAUUACACUGGCAUUCAGGCAUUGUGCCACUCCCACUUAUUACUCUCAGGAAGUCAUUUUAUGACUCAGUUGGAUUGUUUUCUAUUCUACUAGCUUUGUCCACAUCUACAGAAAGCAAUAUCAGCUGAUGUGUGAUUAUUCAAAGGAUAUGAGAUCUAAAACAGACACCAUGUGGCUUCAGCAGAGAUUAAAGGGACUUCCUGGUUUGCUCUCAAGUAGCUGGGCCAGACGAGUUUUGGUCGUCUUGCUCCUUUUCCUGAUGUUUUACUGGUACCUGAGUCCUGAUAGGAUCUUCAAGUUCCCCAGUUUCUUCCAGGAGGCUGGAGGCACUGUUGGAGCCUGUCUGCAGACUGAUAUUAACAGGUGGAUAACACAGGUCGACCGUGGUGAGGGCAUCAUGAGCACACCGCAAUCGAAAGUCUCAGUCCCGUUUGUAACCGGUAAUGGGCACGUCUUGGUGGAUGUGGAUUCUAAUAAACUCUGGGUGACAUCAUCCUCUCAGCUGGGUUUGACCCCAGUGCUCCUGACGGAAUAUUCCCCCAUAGUACGAUGGCAGAUAGCUGGAAAACGCUCUGAGGCACAGGCUAAGAUGUUGUGGUACCGAAAAGGCUCUGUGCUCUCUUCUCGCUGCAUCCUACUCGAUACUUCCCAGUCCUCUCGGGAUUGUGUCGUUAUUCGAGAGGAACACAUCGUCCACCGUAGCCGACCGAAUGUCUACAUUCAGCGGGUUCACAUAAACAACCCAACAGACAAUACGGUAUCAGUCGAGGCAUCGGGGGAAUCUCCAUCAUUUCGGAGUGUUGCAGAGACUCUGGAAGAUAAAGAAUUCAUGUUGUCCACUGGAAAAGUUCUGACAGAAAAGAAGGAAACAGUGUUGAUGGCUGUGGGGACAAAACGAUUCAGCACACGUUUUCAAGUCCCUGCGAAAUCUGAUCAUACUGAAAACAUAGUGAGUGUAAUUCACAUGUCCGAGCCUGUCGAGCCCUCUAAAACAGACGAGACCUUCAGCAAGCUUCGAGAUGAUGUCAGGAGAGAGAUGGUGGAGUUGCUACGAGCAAAACUGGAAGAUUUGGUCCAGGAGCACCAGCAGAUGUGGGCGGAUCUUUUCGUAUCUGGUAUCGAGAUUAGGAAAAUCACUGAUGCCCACACUCCCUCGAGCCGUACAGUCAACACUACGCUGUACUACAUCCUCUCCUCCUCCACAGCACCCCUGCUGGAGAGCACCCUGAGCACAGAGGAGCGUGAUAAGCUUGAGUCGAGCCUGAACUACGCUGAUCACUGCUUUAGUGGCCACGCCACCAUGCACGCCGAGAACCUGUGGCCUGAGCGUGUGAGCGGCGCUGCUUCCCUCCUGCAACUAGUUAAUCUCUGGACGUUAACCCUGCAAAAACGUGCCUGCAAGGCUCUGGUUUCAGCAGGCGCUCAUGGCAUGAUGCAAGCUGUGACACUCAGCUUUGGUGGCCUGCAGUUCACAGAGAACCACCUGCAGUUCCAGGCUGAGCCGAGUGUCUUGCAUAAUAGCUACUCGUUGCGCGGCUUGCGCUACCACCGUGACCGCAUCAGCCUCUCCGUGGUGGCCGAUGCAGAGGGACGGCCCUCACUGCACGUCUCUGUAAAACCACAGGAUGAAGACAAGCCGGUGAAGCUGUAUGCCUGUGAGGCAGGAUGCAUCAACGAACCCGUGGAGCUCACGUCUGAGCCUCGGGGUCAUGUUUUCCCCGUUUUAGUGACGCAGCCUCUGACGCCGCUGCUCUACAUCUCGACAGACCUGAGGCACCUGCAGGAUCUGCGCCACACUCUGCACGUCAAGGCCAUCCUAGCACACGAUGAGCACAUGGCCAAGCAGAACCCAGGUCUGCCCUUCCUGUUCUGGUUCAGUGUUGCGUCUCUGGUUGCCCUCUUCCACCUCUUCCUCUUCAAGCUCAUCUAUAACGAGUACUGCGGCCCCGGCGCCAAGCCACUCUUCAGGAGCAAGAACUUUGUUGGAGAGUAAGGCAAAGGUGAAGAAUCUCUCUACAGUCGUCUGCCUGGGUGUUUCCCCACAGAGACUCCUUGCUAACUGAAAGCACCAGUGUAAUCGUGGCUGGCACUGCUGCAUGAAGUUCUUGAAGAUCUUGCUGAAAGGGUUUUUUUUUUUUGGUCUUUGUUUGAUAAUUCUUAAUCCUAUUAAUAAUUAUUUGUGAGUCAUAAAGUAAUAGAAAUAUUUAUUUUUUUAUACAAAUGCAGCUUAGUUGGCGCUAUUGCAACAGACAUUUGUUUUUGUCACAAAAUCAUCUUUAAUUUUCAUUUAUCCGUUAAUUGGCAGCAGCCAAUUUCUUUCUUUACACGUGUAGACUAUACAUUUCACACUUCAGAGAAUUGUGAAUUAGUCCAAUCGAAUAGAGUAAGGAUUUGAUUUGAAUUUUAUUUGAUAAGAAAUUUGAGCAUAAAUUCUUCACUGGUGCCUUCGAGUUCUUCUUCUUCUUCUUCUUCCAAGCUGGUAUAUGGGGUUUCUGUGUGUGCACGCCAUGCCAUCUUUUUCCAUUGACUUCACUGUUCAUGUCCUUUUCAGUUUAGACAGUUGUUUUUACCGUCAUGCAUAAGAACACAAUCUGAAGAGCUCGAACCAAACACUUACUGCCAUCUUGUAUGAAAAGGAAACGUGCUUGCACGGUCAGUGAUUAUAGAAUCAGUUUUCAUAUCCUAAUCGCCUCGUUCCUUAAACACUUGACGCAAAUAAACCCAACACUUGCAUGGUUUAAUAGACAAACCGUGUCAACUAUAUGUCUGAUCCUAAAACGUGCUAGAUUCAUAUUUCAUCAUCAGAAUGUGAAUGUGUUUUACAUAAACAUUUCAUCUUUGAAUCACUUUCAUUUGAAGAAAAUCUGCACUGCAUCAAAUCCAAGCCAAGAAUUACAUUAUUCACCGGUGGUACAAACCAAUUGGGAAAGAAAAAUAUCUUUCACUUUGUUGUAGCUGUUCUAGUUUAUAAAUGUGAAACUGCAUUGAUUGCAUUGAUUGAUUUUACUUUUUUUCUGGAAUCUUUAUGGUUGAAAUUUCAGGGUGAAACUGUUUUUCUUAUGCAUUAUUGUUUUUAUUUUUAUUUUUUUCCUUUUAGCGUCGACCUGGAAAUCAUUGGGUGCAAAGUGUUUUGUGGUGUUGCAUUUGUUUGAGUCUUGAAUUGUGUUUUUAUAUUGACUCACUAUGAUUAAAUUAAUGAAUCAGA